AUGCAUGGCUUCUCUGCAGGUGAGGACUCCAUCAGCUCACUGGGCAUGAUCCUCGGAGUGGGACUGUCGCUGUUGCUUGUGUCCAUCCUCGGCUACAGCUUGGCCAAGUGGUACCAGCGUGGGUACUGCUGGGAUGGGCCUAAUUUUGUCUUCAACUUAUACCAGAUCCGGAACCUGAAGGACUUGGAAGUGGGGCCACCCUUCACCAUCAGUGGCCACAUGAGCAGUCCAGAUGGCGGCUACAUGAAGUUCUCCAAUGAAAGAGUCUGAUAGACAUGCAUCUAGCCUCUGGAGGUCAGGAGAGAUAAUCAGUUCCAUGGAGCGAAG